CUUUAAUGUUGCUCACAAGACCCUAAUGAUCUAAUCUGAUUCCCACAAAUGGUUCCUACAAUUAAAUACAUUUGACACUUCAACGCAAUGGAUUUUUAUCAUAGUAGUUGGUUGAGAUUAGACGUACUCUGCUAAAUUAACUACCGCAUCUGCUGCACUGUAACGUUUCGUUAUGUAAACAAUGCAAUGGACGAGAGCGAAGACGUGCUUCAGGGUUCCCCUAUGAUUCACGGAAAAGAGAAAGCACGAUCACGAAUGGACAGGACUGGGCCCUCUACGAGUAGCAGUCAGACAACAGGGACCCCCCCUCUCACCUAUGGACCCACUGAACACAUUGUCUAACUUUGAGUCAGAGAUGGAGCCAGACGGACAGGGAAACUACUCUCUCUUCCCUGCCUUGGAUAACAUGGCCAGCCUGGCCGGAGCUACAGAGGUGCUAGAGACUGAACCACCCAGUGAUGUUGCAGACAAGCCUAAUCUCACAUGGCUUGAUGCCGCUCAGAUUGUGCUUGAGGAGGCUGGACGUCCAAUGCACAUCAAGGAGAUCAAACAGCGGAUUGUUGACAGGGGAUUGGUUCAGUCCAAUGCGAAGUCAAGCCUUGAAGCUGUUAUGUACCGUGAGACACAGAAAGGGAGCAGGAGAUUCAAGAGGAUUGAGAACAGAAAUGGCGUCUUUGCACUGUUGAACGACGACGAGCGACAGCAGGCUCUACAGUCCUUCACCCCCCAGUCUUUCCUAGGGUCUCCACCUCAGUCAAACUUCUCCAGCUCAGGCUCUGCUGCCUCUCUACCCACCUUCCCCUCCCCGACGGGCCUGUCUGAGACCAGGCUUAAGGCCAAGAAAGGCCCACGCAAGAACCAGAAUGAAAAGUACAGAUUGAAGUAUCUCCGAUUACGCAAAGCAGCACAGGCCAUGAUAUUUGAAAAUGCUGCUCUUUGUGAUGAAGUUGCCCACUUGGAGGAUAAAUUUGUACGAGCAAAGGAGGAGCGCAGGUUCUUACUAAAGUCACUGUUGCAGUAUCAGUCUGUGUCAGAGGGGGAGUUGCUCACUGCUGGCAGUACCAACUCUCACUCCCCUGUGACCUUCAGCUCUGGGCCAGCAGGAGCAUCAGCCCCACCCGGGAGUCAUAACCUGUCCUCUGGGGCAGAGGAGGGCCUGUCCAAGAGGCCUAAGAAAGAACGAAAGGAACGAGGGAGGGAAAACGGAAAAGAAUGCAGUCCUAAGAAGAUGUCAAAAAAGCGUAAGCUUGCUGUGGGAGGGUCUCGGAAGCUGGUUCAGCCAAUCGCUCUGGACUCCUCAGGACGCCCUGUCUUUCCCAUAGUUCUUGGGGGUCUGACUGUGUAUAGUCUAGGGGAGAUCAUCACAGACAGGAUGCUGUUCCAUGACCAGUGUGCCAUCUACCCAGUGGGAUUCUGCAGCACCCGUUUCUUCGCCAGCAUGAAGAGUCCUGAUCAGCAAUGCCUCUACACCUGCCAGAUCAAAGACGGGGGUGUUGGCCCACAGUUUGAGAUAGUGCCUGAGGAAGACCCUCAGAACGCCAUAGUCGCCUCCUCUGCACUCACCUGCCAUACCAACCUGCUUAAGGCCAUUGCUGCACAAAGGUCUAAACCAGUGGCCCACAUUUUGCCGUCGGGUGCAGACUUCUUUGGCUUCUCUCACCCCACCAUCCAGAACCUCAUCCAGAGCUGCCCGGGCGCACGCAAGUGCAGCAAUUAUCAGUGGAUCCGUUUUGAGGUGUGUCGCCCGGGGGAUGGCCAGGUUCCACACAGCUUGUCUGAGGACGAUGCCUCUGUCAACUUCGAGGCCUACCAGAGACUCCAGGGCUUUGAGGACAGCAUCAAGGUGGAACACAAUCUAGUAGGUCUGACUCCACAAACCCAUGGCUCCCCUCACCAGCAUCUACUGAACCCAUCCACCUUGCAGCCUUCUACGUCCACAUCUUACUUUAGUCCCUGAUCCACAACUCACUGACCGGUGAUCUUGACUUGUUGUGAAUAAAAUAAUGAGCUCUGUG